AGAAAUAUACGAGUUCAUAAAUGAUGAUGAAUUUCGAGAGAAUUUAAUAAAAUUGAUCAUAGUCGGUAUAACCUAUAAUAGCAAUUGAACGCUGCACUUACUUCCAAUUCAGUUUUUUCUAAUUCUUGAAGAAGUUUGUUCACGUCGUUUAGUAUCAUGACGAAACUUUGUUAUUUCCACAGCGAACAAAACGAUAUUGAUACUAUAGUAUUAAGAAUACACGCCAACAUUGAAAUAAGCAAUGUCAAACAAGAAACCUAAACAGCUGAGGACUGAACGCAUACACAACGCAUACUAUCGGACUAAUCUUUUUUUUUUAAUCAUAGAGGGCAGCAUUUAAUAAAUCGACUAAAUCGACUUGAAAUGAUUAUUAUUGUGAUUAUUUAAAAUUACUUGUUUUCGAAUUCCUUGUUGAAGACUGAUUAUAAAUAAAUUUGAUUUUCUUCGAGAAAAGAUUUUCUUCGUUAUACGUAUCAAAUUCCCAACAAACUAAAACACGUACACUAUAUUUUCAAUACUAUAAAACUUAGAAAAUUCCUAUUGAACUCUGAUUACAAUAUUUACAUUCAUCAUAUUUAAUCACAAUAGUGUUAAACAUAUAAUAGAUUGUGGGAUUAUUAUAGCUCGCUACAGAUUCUAUUGCACUUCACCGAUGUGCACAGAAGUUCUAUAACAAUAGUAUUUUAUGGUCCGUCACUAGUGUAAUAUUUCUAUUAUCACGACUGUCAUCGUACUGAUAAUAGUGUUUAGAGAAACACCACUAAACAUAGUGCAUAGUUGCAAAAAAUGGAAAUAAUUACAAUGACUUGUUGUUAGUGGUAUUACUUCUAUAUAACCGGCGAAGUGAUAUAAGUUGAAUAUGGCCACUGUUAAAGUAACCGAACAAAAAGUUAUUCUGUGCGGGGAAUACGGUGUCGGAAAAACGUCUAUAUUUAGGCGUUUUGCAAACAAUACUUUCGUAACAAGUAACGAUCGAAAAUCAACGCUUGGUCUCGAUAAUAUCGAUAAAGAAUAUGUUGUCGAAGACAGACGAAUACGACUGCAAUUAUGGGACACAGGUGGUAUGGAAAGAGUUGCAUCGGUAACAUCGAGCUACUAUAAAUUUGCAGAAGCUGCUAUUUUAGUUUUUGCAUUAGACAAUCCGAGUUCAUUUCACUUACUAUCUCAGCAUUUGCUCGAGAUUGUUACAUAUGCUGAGAACGCAAAGAUAUUUCUGUGUGGAAAUAAAAGUGACCUCGAAAGCACGGCUUCACAAGUAACGGAUGCAGAAAUGGAACAAUUCUGUGAACAAUGUCACAAUCUAAUAUCUGGUAUAUAUAAAACAUCUUGUAAGACUGGAGAAGGAAUACACGAAAUGUUUGAAGAUAUAGCACAACAUCUGGUUGAGGCUAACAGGUCACGCAUGGAAUUGCAUGAAAUGGAUAAAGAUAGGUUUAAAAUUUCAUAUAUCGACGAAGCUACAGACCCAUCGUGCUUGUGCUAAAUAUUGAACAUUAACAAGUGUAAAUGAAGCAACAUUUUUUAUAACUUGGAUAAACUCAACACACGGUUGUAAAGUGUGAAGAGCAAAGGUAUCUUUUUAUAUCAAUUAUUACCAUUAAAGAUUUUCCUAAGAUGGAAAACACUGCGAGCGUAAAAAUGGGGAAAGGGGGAAAAUAUUAAUAUGUAAUAUUAUGUACAAUUAUAA